GAGGGGGUCCCAUGCCCUCCUCGUCUUUACUCAUCGGCUCCGGGAUCCCCUUUUCUCUUUCCCCUGCUCCUAACCUUCGGCCACAUUGUUGGCUCCAGGCGAGGGGAGCAAGCGAUGCCUCGUUCCAUCGGAUGAAAAGUUUGCAUAAUGAUUACGGGCAAGACCGCCGUGAAAAUCUAGAGCUCUCUCAAGCCAGGAACCUCAUUCUAAAUGGGUCCAGUUAUGCCUCCCAGUAAGAAGCCAGAGGGCUCGGGAAUUAGUGUUUCCAGUGGACUGAGCCAGUGUUACCGGGAUAGCGACUUAUCAAAGGCGCUUCACGACGAUGAGGACUUAGACUUUUCUUUGCCUGCCCUCCGAUUGGAAAAAGGUCCCAUGGAGGAUGAAGAGCUCACCAACUUGAACUGGUUACAUGAGAGCAAAAACUUGCUGAAAAGCUUUGGGGAUUCGGUCUUAAGAAGUGUUAGCCCGGUGCAGGAUCUUGACGAUGACACCCCUCCGUCUCCUGCUCAUGCAGACAUGCCCUAUGAUGCCAAGCAGAACCCCAACUGCAAACCACCGUACUCCUUUAGCUGCCUCAUAUUUAUGGCCAUUGAGGACUCUCCAAGCAAACGCCUGCCUGUAAAGGAUAUAUACAACUGGAUUUUGGAACACUUCCCUUAUUUUGCAAAUGCCCCCACUGGAUGGAAAAACUCUGUGAGGCAUAAUCUGUCGUUGAAUAAGUGUUUUAAGAAGGUGGACAAAGACAGAAGUCAGAGUAUUGGGAAGGGGUCUUUAUGGUGUAUAGACCCAGAAUAUAGACAAAACCUUAUCCAGGCUUUGAAAAAGACCCCCUAUCACCCAUAUUCUCAUGUGUUCAGCACACCGCCAGCAUCUCCUCAGGCAUAUCAAAGCACAUCAGGUCCACCCAUUUGGCCAGGAAGCACCUUUUUCAAGAGAAAUGGAGCUCUUCUACAAGAUCCUGACAUUGAUGCUGCCACUGCCAUGAUGCUUUUGAAUACUCCCCCUGAGAUACAAGCAGGUUUUCCUCCCGGAGUGAUACAGAAUGGAGCCCGCAUCCUGAGUAGAGGAAUCUUCACAGGAGUUAGACCACUGCCAAUCAACCCCAUUGGAAGCAUGGCUGCUGCAGUAAGGAAUGGAAUAGCAAACUGCCGGAUGCGGACAGACAGCGAGCCGUCCUGUGGCUCUCCAGUGGUUAGCGGUGAUCCAAAGGAGGACCACAACUAUAGCAGUGCCAAAUCUUCCAACCACAGGAGCACGUCACCCACUAGUGACUCCGUUUCCUCUUCCUCUGCUGAUGACCAUUACGAAUUCGUUACAAAAGGCAGCCGGGACAGUAGUGAGAGCAGUGAGGUCAGCUUCCAUAGCCAUGAGAGCCAUAGUGAGGCAGAGGAGGAGGACAAAAGGCAGAACCGAAAAGAGACCAAGGAUUCUUUGGCUGAUAGUGGGUACGCCUCUCAGCACAAGAAACGUCAGCAUUUAUUGAAGGCAAAAAAAGUACCGUGUGACACACUGCCUCUUAAAAAGAGACGUACAGAGAAACCCCCUGAAAGUGACGAUGAGGAGAUGAAAGAAGCAGCUGGAUCGCUCCUGCAUUUGGCGGGAAUUCGGUCUUGUUUGAACAACAUCACCAAUCGGACGGCAAAGGGGCAGAAAGAGCAAAAGGACACCACAAAAAACGAGAACAAAUCCAUCGAUUGAACUUAUAAAACAAUUUCGUUUCAGCACGUCAGGUGAAUUCUAAUGAUUUGUGGCAAUAUCAACAAAUAUUUUCUUUGUUCAAGUUUUCUCUUUUCUUUUUCCCCCCCUCCUCUCUCUCUCUCUCUUUGUGUUUGUUUCUUUUUGGAACCUUUAAGAUUUUAUUUUUUAUUUUUUAAAGGAGAUUGAAGCCAUAGAACUCAUACUGAUACUCAACUAAUUUUACAAAAGCUUUUCAUUACAUGAAGACAAAAAAAGAAAGUAAAAGCCAAAAUUGCCGUUGCUUUCUCCAGCUUUUGUCAGAAAUGCGUGGUUGAAUGCGCUGUGACAUGGCCAGUUAAUGUGAGAGGAAUAAAAUUCGGCACUUGAAAAUCUCUUAUGCUUAGAAGAAAUUGGCUAAUUUGGUAAUUGUUCAGGCCAGGCUCUUAAAAUUCCAAAAACAAAAAGGCCUUAUCAUUGGGUUUUAUGUGUGAAUGUGUCUAGAGGUUUCGGGGGAAGUGAGAGGCACACGGAUCAUUCAGUGGCAUUCGCUUGCAGUUGUGCCAUAGAAAUCUUGGAAUAGCCGCUAGAGACAGCUGCUCAUACAGUAAUGAACUAUUAGUACUUCAUGUACUGUGUAUGGCUCAUAAUGUGAAGACUUAAUAACUUUUAAAUUAUGAAAACUGAACUUUGUAUGCAAUGAUUUCCAGUGAAAUAAGGAGAAAGGGAUGGAGCGGGUAGGGUGGGGAUUAGUGAUAUUCUUUAAUCAAUUAAUUGUCUUCUAUAUUUAAAUUAAAAGAAUGUUUUUUAAAAAGCCAUAAGCCUGAAAAUUGGCACUGCCUGCAAAAAUGUUAUGGGAAAACAAGCUAUGAGUUCUUAACUGCCUGAGUGAAAAGCAAUCAAGUCUAAAGAAAAUUAUGAGUAGAUAUUUAAGGAGGAUCAAAAUGAGGAAACUUUUUCUACAGGUCACAAAGAUUUGAUCUCACUAGGGAAAAAACAUGCUACAAAACCUGCCAUUAGUAUUAUAUUGCCUUUUUUUUCUUUCAAAAAAAAAAUCCAUGUUGGUUGGGCAAAAAUAUAAAAUAAUAUUACAUAGAGCUCCUUACAGUGCUCCUCAAAGCGGUGUACCCAAUUAAUGUCAGUCAGGAUUCAUCUGUGCAAAAAUGACAAUAUAUUUCCAGUUGUAACCACUGUAGCCAGCAGAAAAUUCUGAUCCACAUUGCAUGGAUUCCUUUCUGGGAGGGACUUGGGAGUACAAAAUAAAAAACCCCUUUUUUAAUUCAAAGAUAACAAAAGUUCUUGUAAGGUAAAUAAUGUAUUUAGCAUGAAGCAUGAAUUAUUUUCAUAUAAAUAUAGAAAAAUAGAGAAAAGGCUAUGCCUCUAAUUUUUAAGCCCAUAGGCUUAGUUUGUUUUUUGGGGGGGUUGUUUUGAUUUUUUUUUUCUUAUUUCUUUUUCUUUUUUGGAAGCAGGUGUUUUCAAGGUUUAACCUUUUUCAGGGACAAAUACUGACUGUUGGGGAAUUUACUCUGCAAUAUAAAAAAAUAAAAUAAAACUUCAUGCUCGGGUAGGGCUUGGAUGGUUGAAUUAUAUUGCCUUGUCUGCACAUUCAGCCCCCUUCCCCUACUUCUCUGUUUUUUGAACACGUUUGUCCUUUCUUUGUCUUUACAUGUAUUAACAUUACGCAAUAAUUUUGAGGGCAAAGCAAGUAGUGAGUGUGUAUGAUUAAGACUCCAGGAGGAGACGUUGAAUUGGAGGUUGGGGGCACGGGGAGAGAGAACUUGCAAUUUGGUUUGGACGGGGUGAUGAUGACGCAAAUUUGCUCAUCUGCCAUGACGGAACAAGUAACGAAAGGGCUUUUAUUUGUGUUCACAAAGUGACUAGAGACGCAUGGUAAAGAAACGUCUUGUUUAUGGCGUAUCUGCUUUACAGUGAUGACCCCAUAAACUGAUAGAAGGCUUUGCGAUAAGGGCAACUAUUUAACUCAAAAAAACACUGGUUUCAAAAGGCGUGAUCUUGAGAUGACUUCCAAACUUAUAGGAUGGAAUCUAAGGGGACAUAUAUUUGUCAUGCGUCUUUACGACAGCCCCCCUUCCCGCUGCAGCCCAUCAUACAUCCUGAAAAAUGACUGCAUGCAGUUAGAAGUGGAAGUUGUCAAUCCUUCAAAGAAAAGCAUUAUGUGUUUGUAAGGGACUCCUUGGAUCCCAGCCGUAGACUCCAAUGGACUAAAUGCAGCUUUCUAUUCAUUGCAACUAGUUGUGGUGGUGUUUUGGAGAGGAGUGGGGGUUGGACUGUUGACAAAAAAUGCAAAAAGCAUUUUGGGGAAUAUCAUUUUCAGACAUGGGGAAUUUAUUCAAGAAAGUAUAUACAGCAUGAACAGGGAAUUCAUGCCAACAAAGGCUUGAAAUUACACACACCCUUCAGCAAGUUCAACCUAUGCGUUUCUAGUUUUCUCAAUAUGGUUUCCAAUUACGUAUAGAUGGGAUGAAUUCUGUAUCUGUGCCCCUCCUGCCCUAAAAAAAGUAACACUGGUUUAAGAAGCAGCACAAACAUUUUUAAGAGUUAAAGAGGUAAGAAACCAUGUCAACAAAUGUAAGACUUUUCUCUCUGAACAAGAGUGCCAUAUUGUAACUGCCAUGGAGUUUCACCAGGCCUGAGCAUAUCUUAUGAAACAUAAAACGAUCUGCUUGCCUAUUUAGUGGAAUGAAAUAAAUAUUCCACCCUAAGGCUUUUUUAGUCAAGAACUGGAAGGAUUCUGAAGUCUGAUUAUUGUUGCUUAUGCCAGUGUUAUCACUUUCUGUAAGUACUGUAUAGAGAGAAAAAUAGAGGUUACAGCAUGAUGUAGCAAUGUGGAGUCUAUAUGGUGACCCAGAAUGUCUUCUGAAUUGCUAACUGAAAUGUGGUCCAGAGAGGCUAAAUCCUGGACUUGGCUGGAAUACUGGCUUCGUACUGGGCCAGUCCUUGAUCCAGAGCUUGUUUGCCUCAGCUCUGACUUCUUUCCACAAUUGCAAGAAAUUAAGAUGUCAGCUGUGAAUCCAUGACACAAUGCUGUAUCUUGGCAGCCUAGCCUUCCGUAAAUAUACCUGUACAGCAGCCUCGCCCAACUCCCCAGCCCUGCAGAUGUGUUGGACUACAAUUCCCAUCAUGCUGGCUGGGCAGAAUGGAAGUUGUUGUGUCCUGACACAUCUGGGCGGUGCCAGGUUGGUGUACAACAUGGACAUCCAGCAGUGCACUGAAAGUUGAAUUAUGAAUUUGCAGGCCAUUGCGCCUGUCUCUUUCCCAUACGCUCACUAUGGUGGACAAUGCCUUUGGGACUGUCUUCUGCACAAGCCCCAUAAAAAAAAUAAAUUGGAAGUGUGCAAGCUUCUUUCAUAACUGCCAUUCCUUUCAGUGAGGUUUCUACAUGAGCAGAGUUUCCAGUCAAUUUAAUGAGUCUUGUUUAGGUGAAGUUCCUUACUGUUCAUGCCUUGAGUGCAUUUUAAAUCAUUCAUGUAUCAUUCUAAUUUGUCAUGCAUUCCUUUGACUGGAGUCACGCCAUGUAUACAUUUUGUCUAUAACAGGUGCAUACCCAAAAUAACACCAUUUGCUUCAGUGGUUCCCUCUGAAUAUAUACACCAUUGUUACUAGCACAAAUGUUUUGUGCACAAAAAUGCUUUUGUUGUUGUUUAGGAUUUUGACUGACAAAAUUACAUCAGGUUAACUUUUUGGGGUGGCGGAUAGUGUAAAUAUUGUUUCACUUAAGUACCUUAAUUAAGUACCUAAUUCUUAUUAGAUGUAGCUCAGUAACUUGGAUGGGCUGCUGAAAUCUUGGCUUGUCUGUCACACUGCCACUUCCAAAAACAUCUUUAAUUUUUUUUAAAAAAAUCCCAGCAUUAAAUUCUAUGGUGCCAACUUCUUAUUUUGAUGCCAUGCUGAAGUGAAAGCAUUUAGGUCCAAUUGUAGACUUCAGCUACACUGAUGCUGUUAUGUCCAUUGAAUACAUGUUGGGUUGUAUCCUCUAUACUUGUUGAGCCUCAUACCCUUGUGCUACAGCCAUUUUGAAAACAGUGGUGAGCAUUUUUCUAUGCUCAUUUUUCAGCAGCACUAUUUUUUAUUAAAGAUCCUAAGGGUGCGAUCCUUUGCAUGUUUAGAUGGGGGGGGGAAGUCCUACAACUGGCUGGGGCAUGCUGGGAAUUGUAGGAUUUUUUCUGUCUAAACAUGCAUAGGAUUGCACCCUAAAUAUGUUGAGUUUAAUUGAGGAAUUAAAAAAGCUUCCAAGUCAAAGAAUUCAUGACAAUUUAUAUAUUUUACUGACAAAUUAUUUUUGUGUGAACAUUUUACUGUGGGAAAUGGCUGCAAGCUAGGAAUGUUAGUAAAGAUGAAAAAUGUAUUUUUAUAUCCCUCUUAGUUUGGAUGCUGAAAAUUGUGGGCAUGAUCCAGCUACCAUGCAAGACCUGAGGGUAUUCUGAAGGUGAGGGCUGGUCAGGAGGUGAGGGCUCCUUACUGGGAGCCACGGAUUUACUAAACCAAGCCAAGGAGGCUGGGGGGAAAAGCACAGAGAAUGCUGGAGAGUGGCAUAGAGUAGACGCUUGGAAUUUGCAACCAGCACAUAGUUGCAGGGUUCAGGUAACUGUUGGACAAAUGAUUCACCCGUCCCUUCCCUGUGUGUUCUUAGCAUAUAGUCCAGUAAGUCCUUGACUGCCAUUUGAGGCUGAGGAACACAAAACUGCCUGUUUAGGGGUGUCUAGCUCCUGCUUCUGAAGCUGCUGACCCUGCUGUUGCAUUCUUUCUUCACCUUCAAGGUGCUUUGGUUUGGGGUGAUGUAUCAGAAGGCCCUCAGCUACAGGGUGCCUGGAUGGGGAUGCAGAGGGUCCUUGCCAAACGGGGCAUGUUGUAGGACACUGGGGCUCUGCGUAUUCACUGUAACUGUCCACCGGAUUGGGACAGAUGCAUCCAACUGCCCCUAUGUUCCUCCCAAUGUAUUUGGACACUUACUGAACCUCUGCACCAUAGGUUGUGCACACACUUCUGCAGGGACUGGACUUCAUAAAAUCACUUUGAUGUAGACUUCUGUCUUCAGAAACAGUGAAACAUUUAGAAUUAGAUCCAGAUUUCACCUUCCAUGAACAUAUGAGCAUCAUUCGUGGGUGGAAGGGCUCCUUCUGUCAAUGGAAGGGUUUUGUUUCAUCAGAGGGAUCCCACUGAAGGAAGGUGGGUGUUGACUUUUGCCCAUUUUCCCCUCCCUUUGCAGCCCCCAAUGCCACCACCCACAUUGUCCUGGAGCCCCCCCUGCCCCCCCCCCAAAAAAAACCCACAUUGGAGCAGGAUUUUGGAAAGGUGCAGGGGGUUGUAAGGGGGGAGGAAAUCGGAAAAAAUCACCUCUUCUCCCCCUUUGCCAUCAGGAGCAGUUCUCAUGGGAUGCUCUUUCCAGCAGGAGCAGAGUCUGGAUCCAAGUCGCAAAGUCUAAAGAUCUCUCUGGGCUGCUUUAUUUUAUCAAAUUCCAACUUUGAAUCCUCAGUAAAUCUGUUGUUAGAACUGGCAAUAACAGACCUUUGUCUCAGCAACUUGGAUGGUGGCCGCUUUGUACAAGUGUGCUGCUGAACCAUGUUUUCUGGUGCACUCUGAAUUAGACAAUAUCAUUCAGAACUCCCCGAGGUGUGCCUUGGCAAUGAAGCUGCUGCCACGCUUGUGAAACAAGGGCUGUCUCAUUCACUCCUGUCCUGUUCAAAGGCUUGUGUUUUGCGCAUUGACUUGUCCCCUAGUACAGAAGCAAAGGAGCGUAGCUCUGCUUGCACAGAGGCCCACAUGUACAAUAAAACCUUUCAGAUUGGGGCUGAUGUGGGCAUAGUCACAAGUCACUCCUAGUUUGUGGCAAGGGGGUGGGAGGGGGACACCCAAAUGACACAGAUCUAAUGUGAGAAGUGCAACAUUAUGCAGCAAGGCUUGUGAACCUUUGAUCAGAUGUUGAGUCUUGCUAGUCACAUGUAUUUGCUCACACAUUGCCUUUUUGUGUUGCGUGUAGCUUAGGAUAGAGGAGCAGUCAGCAACGUGACAUCCCUGAUUGUAAAAUGCAUUGCGCAAAAUAGUGAUCAGCGUCAGUGAGCAUAGAAGAGAAUUGGCUUUCAAUCAUAUGGACUUGCCAAAAGUUGUUUUUCCCCCCAUCCGUUCAGACUAUUUUCUUUUGAACUGGGGAAUAGAAAGAUGACUUGAAAGCCAAAUAACUUACGGCGCAAUCCAAUUUUAGAUGGAAAAAUGUCGUACUAGAGAGUUGACUGACUUUUUUCUGUCUAAACGUCCACAGGAUUGUGCCCUGGCUGAACUAAGUUGAGGCUCUUCUGGUAAGACAAAAGCUGUACGGCUGCUUUGCACAUGCAGAUUAUUAGAUUCUGCACCAGCAAAAAGGCAACCUGGUCUUAAGGUUAAUCAAUAUGGUUCUCACAUACAAAGGCAGUUGACUUCAAAAUGAAAAUGAGCAAGGUGAAACUCAGUUGUCGGCUACUGGAUCUGUUAUUUACAGAUAUGUGGGUUGUUGUUUUUUAAGUAUUCUUCCACCCCCAAACCAAAACCAUUCAUCCCUCUUGGUUAAGUAGCAGUUACAUCUAAGAGUGUUCUUCACAAAUCUCCCUGUAAUAUGUAAAACACUGUUAUGCACAUAAAUGCAGCACUGUGAUCUAAUUUAAAUAACUUUAUUUAUACUAAAAAUGUAAUAUACAUGAAUACUUUGCUAUGGUGAUAACUUUUCGCCCAUUUCCUUACUUUCUACUGUAGGGAAUUAAAAGCUGUAGUUCACAACUCCCAUUUUAUUUUUCAUAAAAAUCUGUAUUGUUUUGGUGCAUUUUGGGGUUUGUUUUUUUAAGUUAGAUGUUAUAACAAUUACGCAAUAUUCUGUGCCUCCACCUGUAUGAACUUUUCUCAUAUCUUUGUUCAUGCUUCUAUUAUUCACACACAGACCCCAUUUUCCUUUUAAUUCUCAGUGAGGAACCGGGUGGGGAAACAUUUUGGUGAGGAUGGGGCAUCCCUUUUGGUACUCUUUCUUGAAUCAAAGUGCAAAAUUGUCUGCGCAGUGGUUUUACAGUGUUAACUAUGUCCAUGCAAUCCUUCCAUAACUCAGCCAACAAGUACUUCUUUCGCUGACCAAUAAUAAUAAUAAUCUUGGUAAGGUCUGUCUAUAGCGUUGUAUCUUUCUCCACAUUUAAAAUUACAAAAUAAAAGUUUAUAAAAGUUGAAAACAGGCUUCUUCAUAGACCUUAUCAAGCCAAAUUCUUUUUUUAUCAAGGUUCUUGGCAUUCAAAACUAUAUUUAAAAUACAUUUUCUUUUCACUGUGUUGUGUUUUCAGAUGAGUACAGGGAAGGGCUUCUGUUCUUGCAGUUCUAAUAGAAUCAAUACAGAGCUAAGAACCACUCUUACGGUUUUGGUUCCAACAGAGCAUGCACAGAAGAAUCAGGGCUUCUCACCCGGAGGCUUAUUUUUUGACAGGCUGGAAUCCCACCAAUCAGCUUUCUGGUGGGGGAGGAAGAGCUGGAUCAAGCCACUCUCCAUCCCAGGCCGUCAGCUGGUAGAAUGUAAGCAUCUUUACAAGGGCAGCGCAUAAAUGUGGCUAUUGAAUGGGAAUAAAAUUUGUGGCGUGCCUACAUGCUUUCCUACCCAUCUCCGUGCAGAAGCUGGAACCAGAGCAUUUAUAUUGCUCUGUGCCAAAAUCAUUUACUGGAUCCAAACUUCCAAUACAGCUGAUACAUCUUAGAAGUGGGACAUUUACAACUGUAGCUUGAAACCCAGUUUUCCCCCUCACUCUAAUUCUUGCCUAGAAUGUUAAUAUAGUGUUAUUCUUUUUCUUUUCUUUUCUUUUCUUAAAGUUCAUUGAGCUUUUUUAAAGUAAGUUUGUAGGAGGAACAAUGGUUUUAUCCUGGUUUCACUUCUGUAUUAUACACACUCACUACUUCAGUCUGCCUUGGUGUCAAAUGUUGGAAGGGAUGGGGGUAGGGAAUGAUUUCUGUGUGUAUGAAAAAGCAUUAUGAACUUGUACAUUUUUAUACUCUUCUGUAAUAUUUUUGAAAUAUUUUUGUUCUGCAGAAAAAAAAGUGAUGAAGCAAUCAAAAGACCAAUAAGUACAAUAUCAAUGCUUUAGGGGUCAUGAGACCUUCACUGGCCAAUAGGUUAAUUUAGUACAGCAAUAAGCCAAUUUGUUUUCCUUUCCUUCUUUUUUGUUUUUGGUUUUUAUUCCUUUUUUAAAAUAAAAUAAAAUGCUGUACUAGGUGUGUGGAACUGCCAGUUUCAUUAACAUAAAAUGAGAACUGUGAUGGGGGCAUAAACAGUGAUGUUAAGUUGUAUUUGUGUUUACCUAAAUGAGCAGUCGAAAGGCAAGUGCAAUCAGCCAGAAAUAUUGGGGGGAAAUGUUGAUCUAGAGGCAUACUUGCAUUUUACGUUUCUUGAUGUGUAAUCAUAUUGCCAAAGACAAACUCUUUCAUCAGUUAUUAUUGUAAAUAACACUUUCCCAAAACCUACCAUAAAGUUUCUGUGAUGUAUUGUCUUCCAGUUGCAAUAAAAAUUACUGAGUUGCAUCAAUUGAAUAA